GAGCUGUGCCGCGGUGGUCGUCGGCCGUCGCUCGAGUUCGUGACCGAAGACCAUUGACCACCACGCGCGAAAACAUAUUUACCGCGUGACGUAACGGCCACCGAUUGGAGCAGCGUGAUCGUCUGCGGCUCGCGCGGAAUUUCCACAUGCCCGACGGUAUGCACCACGUCACGCGUUCCGCUGCGGAUCCGCCCGUCGCGCUGGCCAAUAUUACUAUUAUUUUUUCCUCCUUUAUUUCGCCUCCAUGCCCCGCCCAGUCGGCAGACUUGGGUUCCCCGGUCCCGCCGCCACCGUCGUCGUCACGUAACCGUAUACCGAUACCCGUCCCCCCCACCACAGACGCGCGCACUUUGGUUACCCGCGUGUAACAUAAUUGUCAAUUGUGUGUAGCGUAUGUCUGUAUCGACGACGAUAGCGCAAACGAGCGUGUUUUCCACGACCGUCUAGACCUCGUCCGCCACCGCCGCCGCCGCCGCCCGUCCGUGCACUGUGCGUACAUUGUAUAAUCGAGUAUAUAAUAAUAAUAUUGUAUCUAUCAGUCGCUAUUAUUAUUAGUCGUUUUUUUUUUUAAAAAAACAAAAACCGAAAUUCGACGAUCACGCCUUAAAAACGACGCGGGAAUAAUAAUAAUCGUAAGCGUGAUAACGCGAGUGACAUCAGCCACAAGUCCUACAAGGAUAUUCACGUUUCCUACCGUACGGAAUAUACUACAAGCGAAGAUACCGCGUAAAUCCACAUGCGAAUUAUUGUGUUCAAACUUUAAAUGCGCGUACACGACACCGUCUGACCAGUGUGUGCAAUCCGGUGUGACGUUUUGCUUGUUAAAUUAUUUUCGUUCGACUCGCGGUCAAAUUCACAUCCACACGUUUCCGCUGCCAAAAGUGUUUUUGUGUUAUCGAGUGCGAGUGUGGCCCACAGCAGGCUGCUGUCGUUCGACCGUUCGGCCGCCGUCUACAUGUUUUGCGUGCGUGUCGUCGACUGUCGUGGCGCCAAAAAGCCAGUCGUCGUUCCCGUCGUACCCCUUCUGAUUCGGUGGCGUACCUUACAAUAAUAUUAACUACUGUAACACUAAUAACUUUGAUACACGUUAACGAAUUAUUGCAAAAUGCAGAAAAAUGUGACGCAACUAAUAAUUUUAAAACAAAGACAAUUUAAAUGUUCAAAAUUAUUAAUAGUUUGUCCAUGUGUGAAUUUUAUAUUAAAUUGGUGUUAAUAAGUGUUCAUAGUUCAAUUUUAAUUUUUUUUUCUACCAUUUCUUAAAUAUAAAAAAUUACAAUGGUGGAUACACGAACAUUAACUGAUUCAGCUGAGAAAGAAAGGCAAGAAAUGGAACAGCUAACUAAACUUAUGACUAUGAAAUCAGCUCAAAUAAUUGUUCAAUCAAGAAUGGGUGAAAAAUUGCAUACUUAUUGUACAAAUCAAAAUAGUUCGAUGAAUGUUGCAAUAAAAGAAAUCCCAGAUGUAAUAACCGAAACAAAACUAGCAUUAAGUAAUGGACUUGUAGAUGCUGUUCCUUUAUGCGUUGAAAUAUUUUUGAAAACUGUUGAUGGAGAUACGAUGACAUUAGAAACAUGGAGUAUUGGUUUAUUAGCUGAAAGUGUCUUUGAUCCCUUUUGUUCUCGACACUUAGUUUAUACUCUAUAUAACAGAUUAGGAAUUUUAUUAAAAUCAUUAGUGUCAGUUUCUCGAGUAAUACCAGCGUAUCGAUACUCUAGGCAACAAUCCCAUGAUUCUUUUCAAAUUCAUCAUCGAAUUUAUGCUGGAGAACCUCAAGUCCAUACUCUUGGAAAAGAAUAUAAAGAAUUACAAAUUGGCCAAGUGUCAAUGCCUAUCGGGACCAUUCAAGUGACAGUUUGUUACCGUACUUCUAUGACACUAACAUCUCAACAAGAUCCAAUUAUGUUGAAAAGUGAUCAUUUUCGAAAAGAAUAUAGCCCACGGCACAACCAGAUUAUCAAAACUCCAAUUGAUCAGUCUAGAACAUUCAUCAUGGAUGAUUGGACUGUGGGUGCUUUUUCUGACAGUCUUGAAGAAAAAGUUAAAAACCUUAACUUAUACCGUAUUCCUGAGUUUCCAAAAGAUACAUUCAUAAAACCCAGAAAACGAGCUGAAUAUUGGCAACCACACGUGGUACCUAGUAAUCAAUUGCAAAAAGUUCAAGAAUCAACAAAUGAAAAUAAUAAUUCAAUAACAUCUUCUAUUCAAAAUAACAAGACUUCUACAGUAAGCAAUGGUGUGGUGGUGAGCACUGGAGUUGCCAAUAAUGUCAUUUCAACUGAAAACAAAAACAAACUCAACCAUUCAAUGAAUACAUCCAGCAAUGAGGCCAUCAAUGAUUUUAUUUUGGUAGAAUUGGGUCAGUCUGUAAAACCUCAAUCACCUGAAGAUUUUUGUCGGAGACGUAGUUGUGACAACAAUCCAUUACAAUUUAAGCCUGCUGCAUUUUCUGAUUCAAAUCCAAACAUUGAAUUGGCACUCUUCUAUCAAAAGUUUCUUGGUGCUCCAUCAUUAAAAGUUCGUCCUGAUCAUUUGAAUGUCUACAACCACCUGUCCGAAAUUGUUGAACAAAUUAAAUGUUUUGAUGAACGUAUGGAAGAAUUUGACAGGGUAGUAUUAGACUUAUGCCACAAAGAUGAUGACAGUGAAUAAAAUAAUUGAAAAACAUAUACCCUCCGUUAUGUUUGUAACAAGACUGACUGUCAAAAUGAGUAAGAAGCUCAAAAAUUAAUAUGUACUUUAUAUGCAUAUACAUAUAUAUUUAUAUAUAAUGUAUGUAUGUACUAUUUUUUUAAAAUAUUUUAUAAAAUAAAUAAAAUCAAGUUAUAGCAAAGUUUUAAAUAAUUCCAAAACAUUACUGUUUUGUUUAUUUUCUAAGCAAAUGACUGAUCAAUGAUUGAUAAAUUAAUAAAUUAUUUAUUAUCCUCGCGUAGGGUGUGGUCACUAAAAAUCACUUAGGCCUGAAAGUUCCUCCUUUUUGUUAAACAUAAAAAUAAUAAAGUUUUGCAUUUAUGUUUAAUGAGGUUUAGUUUUAAUUUUUAUUUAUUUUGUUUGUUUAUUUCAUAAUGUUACCUUUAAUAAUAAAUAAUUAUUUAACUUUUU